AUGAUCUACCCAUCUACUAUGGGUGGGACCCACUUCCUUACAGGCUCCGAUAGCCUUAUCUGUCUCUUCGACGUGUCCCGAACAGGCGCACAAGGCCCUGUGUCCUCAAUGCCGACUAUCCCCAGCAAACGCAAGCAGAUUGUCGGUGGCGGUAUCGGCAUGAAGGGCAUUGUUUCAGCCCUGGCUCUGAAUCCGAGUGGGGACGGUAUCCUUGCUGCAGGCACUUUCACUAGACACGUUGGACUGUACAGCUCAAAUGGCUCCGGUGAGCUCCUUGGGACUUUCAGCGUGGCGAAAACCAACGCAAACCGUGAUAUCGGGGGUCGCGGAGUUACGCAGCUUGUCUGGAGUCCCUGUGGCAGAUAUCUGUAUGUCGUCGAGCGUAAGAGUAAUGGCAUUCUGGUUUAUGAUGUUCGGGUCACAGGGCAACUGCUUGGCCACUUGCGUGGGCGCAAGGCCUAUACGAAUCAGCGCAUGAAAAUUGAUGUUGUUUCAUCUGGUCCUGAUGGCUCUCAUGAGAUUUGGGCUGGCGGUACCGAUGGGUUUAUGAGGGUUUGGAGGAGUCCAGAGCACUGUACAGGUGGGAAGGACCCCGAUUGGGAGUUUAAGGUGCAUGAUGAUGCCGUGACAAGUACAAUGUUUCACCCCAUGGGAAGUGUUGUUGCAACCUGCUCUGGACAGCGACAUUUUGUUUCAGAUGAUUCCUCUGACGAAGAAAUUCAGAUGAAGGACAAGCAGGCCGAUAACAGCCUCAAGGUCUGGUCAAUGCCAUUUCUGUUAUCAGAAACUGAGACAAACCAUAGCUUAGAACCCGCAGCUUAA